CGAAAAAGGAUUAGCUAACAAGCGCAAAUGACAUGCAACGUGUGGCAAGAGCGGCAUGAACGUCGCUGCAGUCGUGUCAGCACUUGACUGUGACCCCAUAAACACAACGUUUGGCUUAAUCCGGUUAUGUAUCCGGAUUAGCGUGUGAAUGCAACGACAGCAAUGAGAGCAGCAUAGAGCAACAGCUAGAGCAACUGCAACUACUACUGCUAGUUGUUGCUACUUUACGACACUUUUUAGGUAAUGCAUGUGGAUUACGUUUUUUUAAUCCACACAACAGGCGAGAGCGUGUGCAGUAAAAAAAAAAGUGCACAGUGGCUGCAACAAUGAAUCAUAAAAAGUGUCCCAUAGACAGGUCAAUCCCGAGCCAAGUUGACCUGCCUGCGAUUUCUCAUGAAUGGCCGCCAGGCAGGUCAGCAUAUCCUUAAUUUUUGCAUAUAAAGCGGGCUCAUGACACAGUCACAACAGCAAACGCAGUUAAGCAGUACAACAGUCAAGAUGUGCAAACAAUUGAGUUCCACACAAGCUGAGCAGCCGAGUCAGUCCAAGAGCAACUCGAGCUCAGCCACAACAGCCGCCUAUGCGCUCUACUUGCAUCGUGAGGAGCUGCGACGCCGCAAGGCGCAUUCGGCGCGUGCUUCGGUUACCAAAAUUCACUUGACCAGCGAGUUGAUAGCAAAGACCAAGCAAAAUAUACUAAACUGCAGCAGCGAGGAUCUGCAGAUACUUGCAAGAGAAACAAUAUUCAAGAAGAGCUUGCAACGUCAUUUGCACUACAGACGCAUGCAGCUGCAGCAUUGGUUGCAAGCCAAGAAGCAGCGCAAGUUGCUCAAGAAUUGA